AUGGCUGCUCCUUUCCCUCUGCUGAUUUUAUGCCUUACCUUCAGAUUGAGUCACAGUGUGACUUCACCUGAAUGGUUCAAUAACAUAUCUACCAGUCUCUUUGAUUUGCCUGGGGACAUCAUGCUUGGAGGGCUAUUCUCAAUCAACGAUCUCACCAGCAACCUGACACAGAGGAGAGAGCCGAACAACAUCAGUUGUGAAAGUGUGAAUAAUUUUGGACUGGGUCUUGCUCUAGUCAUGAAAUAUGCAGUGGAUGAGAUCAACGCAAAUCAAAUUCUACUCCCUGGUCGGAAAUUAGGGUUUAAAAUCUAUGACACAUGCAGACAAUCCGCCGUCGUAGUGAAACCAACUCUCUCUUUCCUCACUGGAAAAUCAACCAAUGCAUUGUCUGUGGAGUGUAACUACACCGACUACGAGACCAGCAUGUCAGCCGUGAUUGGUCCUUACAGCUCAGAGAUGGUGUCUGUAAUAGGAAAACUGCUGGGAUUCUUUCUGAUGCCACAGAUUAGCUAUGGCGCCACCAGUGACAAAUUUAGCAACAAGCUCCUCUACCCGUCCUUCUUCCGCACUGUGCCCAGUGACAAAUGGCAGGUGGAAGCCAUAGUGCUGCUGCUGAAUGAGUUCCAGUGGAACUGGGUGGCCAUUGUGGGCAGUGAAGAGGAGUACGGACAAGGAGGGGUGCAGGAAUUCUCCAAAAUAGCAGAAAAUAAGUCUGUCUGUGUGGCCUAUCAGGGCCUGAUUCCUGUGUACACGGACCCUGAACCAGUUGUCAAGACCAUCAUUGACAACAUUAAAACAGCUAAUGUUGGUGUGGUGGUGCUGUUUUCUCUCCCAACGUCUGCUGAGAUCUUUUUUAAAGAGGUGAUCAGAAGGAACAUGACAGGUGUAUGGAUCGCAAGCACAAGCUGGUCAAUCCACUACCAACUGACCUCUCUCCCAAACAUCCAGUCAGUCGGCACAAUAAUUGGAUUCACUGACAACAUGCAGACCCUGGAUCUGCUGAGUCCCUACACACUGGAACUCUUAACUAAACUGAGUGAGGAGAGGGCGAGGACGCCUCAACAAACACCACCACCAAAGUAUGGAAAUCCUGACAAUCCCUGCCCACACUGUUGGGGCUUGUCACCUGCUAAUAUCAGCCUGGUGGAGGACCCUGUAGUGAAGCGCUUAGCUUUCGGUGUGUAUGCUGCCGUCUACAGUGCAGCACAGGCACUGCACAAUCUGCUGGAAUGCAAUGCCACUGCCUGCAUAAGGGGACCAGAAACCAAAAUCUAUCCUUGGAAGCUAUUGGAGGUUUUAAGAAAUACAUCAGUAGAAAUAAAUGGCACAAAUGUGGUGUUUGACAGUGAUGGCAACCCAAACAUUGGUUACAAUAUGAUCCAGUGGGAGUGGGAAGACACUAUUUUAAAAUUUAGGCCAGUUGGAAGCUUUUAUCAAACACUGACCAUCAACAAGUCCCAGUUCAUUUGGCACACUUCAAACUCUGAGGUUCCUAAGUCCACCUGUUCAGCAGCAUGUGCGAAAGGACAGGUCCGCAGAGUGAAGGGCUUCCACUCCUGCUGUUUUGAUUGCAUUGACUGUCAGCCAGGCACCUACCAGGCAAAUGAGGAGGACAUCCAGUGCACUAAGUGCCCAAAGGGUGAAUGGUCUCUGAUCCGCAGCACUAACUGCACUGAACCCACCUUUGAUGUUUUGUCUUGGGACUCCACUGAGGCUCUGCUGAUCAUCCUGGCUGUUGUGCUGCUGCUGAUAUGUCAAGGUUCAGUGGUAGUAGUGUUCCUGAAGUACCGUGGAACCCUUAUGGUGAAGGCCUCAGGGGGUGUCCUGAGUUUUGUGGCCCUGCUAAGCCUGAUGGGAGCUUGCCUUUGUCUGCUGCUCUUCCUGGGGCAGCCAGGGGAUGUGGUGUGUCAUCUUCAGCUGCCCCUCAUCAGCAUUUUCCAAACAGUUGCCUUCUCCAUUAUCAUGUUCAUCUCUCUGCAGAUAGUCUACGUGUCAGAGUUCCCAGAGAUGGCUGCCUCCCACCUGCAUGUACUAAGGUGCUAUGGAAGCUGGCUGUUUUUGCUGGCCUGCUGUGCUGUGCAGGCUGGUAUCUGUGGCUGGUAUGUCCAGGCUGGGCCCUCUCUGUCAGAAUAUCGAGCAAAUAUGACAAUAAACUUUGUUAGAGAUUUUCUAGCAUGUCCAGUGGAAUCCUUGGGUGGGUUUGCAUUAAUGCAAGGUUUAAACUGUGCAAUGGCCCUGGCAUCUUUCAUGUGCACCUUCAUGGCAGCAAAGCCUCCUCACCAGUAUAACCUUGCCAGAGACAUCACUUUUUCCUCCCUGAUCUACUGUGUGUUUUGGGUGACCUUUAUUCCAAUCUACAUAGGCUUGGAUACAAAGAGCAAGUCGAUUGUGAAUGUGUCUUUCACUCUGGCAAGCAACUUCGGACUGAUGGCAGUCUACUUCUUCCCAAAAUGCCACUUCCUGCUGAGAAAACCUGAACUCAAUACCAAAGAACACUUCUGUACCUUUCUAGAGGGUGUCCCACCAAUACCUGCCCAGGAAGAACCACAGCCAAACCCAGAACCAGAACCAGCACAAUAA